AUGGACAAGCUGGUCGCGCAAUACUCGCGCCCAUCCCAUCAGAAUGAGUCCUACUCCGAGCAAGAGCAACAGGACCUCACGGAGAGCCUCCCUCCGCUCUCCCUGAAGUUCGCUCUUCCCCCCGUCGCCAAUCCCUCUGCUUUCCUCCGUGCCAUGACCGAUGACCACUCCAACCCCAGCUGCCCGAUCAAGCUCGCUCACGGAACAACAACCCUGGCCUUCCGGUUCCAAGGCGGCAUCAUUGUGUGUACCGAUUCCCGAGCAACGGCCGGAAACUGGAUUGCUAGUCAGACAGUGAAGAAGGUUAUCCCCGUAUCGCGAUUGAGCCGUGGCGAGGAUAAGCCCACGAAUGACCCUACCCCGGGUCUUCUGGGAACAAUGGCUGGUGGUGCUGCUGAUUGCCAAUAUUGGUUGCGGUAUUUGAGUCAGCAGUGCACUCUGCAUGAGAUCCGACACAAGCGCCGAAUUACGGUUGCAGCAGCCUCCAAGAUCCUCGCCAACCUGACCUACUCAUACAAGGGCUACGGCCUUAGCAUGGGAACUAUGCUUGCAGGAGUAACUCCCCAAGAAGGUCCCGCCCUGUACUACAUCGACUCAGACGGCACCCGCCUCCCCGGAAACCUGUUCUGUGUCGGCUCCGGUCAGACAUUCGCCUACGGUGUGUUGGACGCCAACUACCGGUACGACCUGACCGAGCAGGAAGCGCUGGCCCUCGGCCGACGUGCCAUUCUGGCUGCCAUGCACCGUGACGCAUACUCUGGUGGUUUCAUUAAUCUCUACCACGUCAAGGAGGAGGGCUGGGUGCACCACGGCUUCGAUGAUAUGAACCCUAUUUUCUGGAAGACGAAGCUGGAGAGUGGCGAGUUCUCGAAUGUUACGUCGGAGUUGUAG